GAUCGCUUGUAGGUUUUAUUGGCACUGGCAAUACUUGGAUUGCCUCCUGCCUAAACACCUACACCACUUCGUCACCAACCAACGGGCCUACUUUCAUCACAUUUUAUAUUUGGCGAGGUUUGAUGCCAUUGAUGAUGCCUGACUCGACCGGUCCCGCCACGUCUACUGUCAAGCGCGCAUGCGAUUGUUGCCACAAGAGAAAGGUCAAAUGCAUUGGUGAUGGUACUCGACCUUGCAAGAACUGCACGGCAGCUGGCCUGACCUGCACAUACAAUGCCAUUCCACAAAAGAAGGGUCCCAAGGGUAGCAGAGCAAAGGUCAUCUCUGAGCUCCGCGAAACACAAAGGCAGUCGCAAUUGGCAGCUCGUGCUAGACAUGGUUUGGGAUUCGAGGCUUCACAAUACGCCAAUGCCUUCUCAAGGACACCGGACUUGCUUUCCAUGGAGCUCAUCACGUCAUGUGUCGAUUACUUCUUCGCAAACAUGUACCCAACGCAGCCCAUCUUACACCGCCAGAAGGUUGGCGAGACGAUAGGAAAGAUGGAGAACUCGGUUGAAGCCUACUGUCUGGUCGUCUCUCUCUGCUCGUACAUGCUCAUCCAACCAAACACCAAGCUCCCAGCUGGCAUCGUACCGGACGCCGAGGCACCGAAUGCCCAUCUCAACUUGGGUAUGACACUCUUGGAUGAAGCCAUUCGUGUUCGCAAGGGAUACGACUACAUUGAGAGCCCUGGGAUCUGGUCCGUCAUUACAUCGUUCUUCUUCUUCGGCGCACAUUUCUGUUUGGACAAGCACAACACCGCAUGGUUCCACCUUCGCGAGGCAACAACGUUAGCUCAGAUCAUGGGCAUGCAAGACGAGAACCACUACAGCCAAGGCGAUCUUAUUGAGAGCUCGAGACGCAGAAGGCUGUACUGGCUUCUGUUCAUUACCGAAAGAGCAUAUGCCAUCCAACGCCACCGCCCCCUGACCCUGCACGCCACCAUCAACCUCCCUACUCUCAACGACGAUCCGGCAGAAACAGUCGAGCUCAGUGGGUUCAUCCACCUCGUCACACUCUUCAAGCCCUUCGACGACACAUUCGUUGGACUCUGGAACAAGGCUCGUGUUGGUUGCUCGACCGAGUGGCUAGCAAGAUUGCAAAACCAGCUUUCAGAAGCACUCCCGGCAUACCUCCACAGCACCGAAAGCCAGGCUGUCGAUUUGAGAACAUCUCAACAAUGGCUCCGAACAAUGGUGUGGCAGCUGUCCAUCAGUCACGGAUAUCUGUCAUCAGCCGCCGCAGACAGUGCCAUGAGCUUCAAGUACCCCAUUGAAAUUUCAAGAGACUUGAUUGCGGCAACAAGUGGCUUCUCCCAAGCUGCCAUGGAAGUUCACGGCAUUGGGCUUGUCGAGAAGCUCUUCGAUGUCGCAUGCACCUUGACCGAUGUCAUGUCUUGCGUACCUUUCGAGCAACACACCUUCGAAUACGGUCCUCGCGAUUACCUCAACCAGUUCCUCUCCCUCAUAUCGACUCUUCGUGGUGGCCAACAACGCUACCUGCCCUUGCUCCUUUCCAAGAUCAACGAUACCCUACCUCAGAUGCCCACACCAGGCUUCAGCAUGGUCCAGAUGCCUGGCGGUCGCGGUAGAAUUGAUGAGAUUUACGACAGCAGCAACCCUGCUAGCGGUGACUCGACACCCUUCGGAGGCAGCCCACCACCUCAACCCGUUGGCCCUCAGCUUUUCCAAUCAGCCUACCCCGACGACUUCAAGCUUCCUGGACCUACAAGCAACGGUUUCCCUAUGAUGACAUCUGCACCAACAUACUCUGGAAUGCAAACGCCGGCACAAUUGCAGGCUGCAUACCAAAACUCUCGCAACGCAUACUCUGGUCUAGGAGGCCAGUCUGGAUUCGAUCACAACCCCUGAGCUUGGGGAUUACCGAAUGGAGACAUUGUUAGCA